AUGGGUAAAAAAGCAAAACCAGAUCUUCCACUUCACAAAGUUAUUAUGGUUGGUUCGGGUGGGGUAGGAAAAUCAGCCUUGACUUUAAGAUAUAUGUAUGGUGAUUUUGUUGAAGAAUAUGAUCCAACAAAAGCAGAUUCUUAUCGUAAGAAAGUCACCUUGGAUGGACAAGAAUGUCAAAUUGAUAUAUUAGACACAGCAGGACAAGAAGAAUAUGCCGCUAUACGUGAUAAUUAUUAUCGUUCAGGUGAAGGAUUUCUUUGUGUAUUCUCUAUUUGUGAAUAUGAAUCAUUUGUGCAUACCCAAGAUUUUCGAGAUCAAAUUUCUCGUGUACUUGACGAUGAAACUGUCCCUUUCAUUCUAAUUGGUAAUAAAGAAGAUUUAGAUCAAAUACGUAAGGUGUCUAAAGAAGAAGCCAUAGCCAAAGCAAAUGAAUGGGGCUGUGCAUAUUAUGAGACAUCAGCGAAAACAAGAUUAAAUGUUGAAGAGGAGUAA